AUGACCCAGCACGACCAGCAAUGUUUCGGGCUGCUUGUGCCAUGCUUGGCUGCACAAGCCAUCUGCCGUGGGGAACAGAAGCACAUUCUCAUGCCUUUUCAGUGUCGCCAGGUUGCCAAAGGCGGCACGUUCUUUUUGCUGGAAACAAAGAGUGAAGCAUGCUCUUUUCCAGCCGUUCGCCAGGAUGAGGCCUACCUUUACAAAGUUGUUGCGGAGUUGACUUUUGUUGCCAAUCGACGACUUUCGGACGAUCAGCUUGUAGCCAUGUCAUCAUUAGGGAAAUGUGGCAUCGGGAGCGACAAGACCGCUUUACCCAGAAAUCUUCAUGAACUAGAUGCUUUGAAGACGAGUUUGGGCAUCCAGGAGGGUUCCCACAAGAAGUUCAACAUUGUUUGGGAGGUCAGCGUCAAGUCACGCUACGAGCCCAACCUGUGCGUGGCGCAGCCGCCUCUGCACAGCACUGACGACCUCGCGGGUGGUCUCAAAGGGGAUUCUGGCCAUGCAGACGAUGCUGAAGGUUAUGCGUGGCUGACUUUCAGUAGAACUCUGGUACCGCCGCCGGUGCGGCAAGAUGCCGCCUCCGCCGCCUCCGUUCCCUCUGGCGGUGAUGCUGAUAGUCGUGUCCUGGUGUCACAUCCAUCACAUGCAUCAGAACGAUCAACCAGAUCAACCAACACAGUGGAUUCAAUCGAGCGAGACCUCCACCAGCUUGUGCAUUCGACUCCUGGUGGUGAUUGCGAGCAGCCCGUCGCCACGGUCGCCCCGACGAUUGCCGACCCCACGCAAGGCGCCGCCACACAGGUUGACUUGCAAGGCAAAGAACACGAGCCCGAUGCAAAUGCCCCUCUUCGUGAAGAACCUGUAGCUACGUGUGCAACUGUUCAGAAGCCAGAGGACAACGAGUCGGAGCCUGCGUCAGAGCCGAUGCCGCAAGCGAAAGUAGACCAUGCUGAGCCUGAGAAGCACACUGAGGUGAUGGUCAAGUCCAUGGCCGAGUCAUUCCUUUUCGAGGAGGACUGCUACGACACGUUGCAUUCCGAGGAAGGGGAAGACAAAGUGACCAGAACUUAUGAGGCCAUGGCAGACGACUCCUUUUCGACAGCUUUUUCUGGUAUAGAAGCAGCGGGUACAGCAGUCAACUGCUUGAGGCAAGCUUGGAGCAAGAAGACGGGCCUGGAACUCCCUCCGAUUGCGGCAUCAUACCAGAUCGAGUGGAACAAAGACUGCAUCUCUGAAUUGUUGCCGCAUGCCAGACUUCACGGGACGUGCUUGUUCAAGAACAUUGCCAUGUUCUACCGACCAGAGCUCACAGAGACAGUCCAGAAGGGUAGUGGCCUUGGUGCUUGCGAUCCGGAGAUCGUGUACACAUUAGCGUGGGUAGGCCUCCGCCUCAUGCUCGAAGAUGCUGAGAUCAUAAGCGAGAACGUCAAGACACCCGGAGGGGCAGGGUUGAGUUCCUUUGCAAGGGACGGUGGCCAGCCUGUCCCUAGCGCGGCAGUCACAGAUGCUGGAUUGGGCAACCUCCUGUUGCGUUUCCUCUCGCCGAUGUAUCAUCUCGAGACCACGAUCCUGGAUCCAUCAAUGCUCGGAGACCCCUUCUCUCGAGAAAGAGAGUUCGUGAAGAUGUACCAUAAAGUCAAAGUCCUCAGUCGGCUGAGCCCAAUCAGCAGGUUCCAGAAGCGGUUCUAUCGGAUUUGUGCUUGGAGCUGGAAAAGCUUCUUGGCAUUGUUUUUUUACUGUGUCUACUUUAUGCACGAGCCCGUGAUGCGCUCGAAAGGCGUGUUGGGAGAUGACUGCCAGGCUGAGCUGGAUUGGGCACAGUGUCGUCCGACAUCUCGAUUCAAGGGAUUCAAGGGGCAAGGUGAGGAUCAUGAUCAUGCAGAUGAACAGCUUAAGCAGCAGCCCUUGGAUGUCACUUGCCCAUCCUCGUGGGAAAUGGCCCUCAAUGAGAUGGAAUACAGAUUCUUGCAACAGUAUCGGCGGGCGUGGCCUGACUCGGCUUAUCAGCUCAACCAAGAUCCCAUGUCGGGUCACGGCCACCCCGCCAACGAGCUGGUCUUCUUCACCUUGAUCGCGAAUUUUGGGCUCAUUUGGUCAGAUGUGGCCAGACGUUGGCUUAUGCCGACUGAAGCGCUGAUCUGCCAAAGGUUCCCGGUGCUCCCGUACAUCCAUGAUGGUGUCAGCUUGACAUCUUUCAACAGCAAGAACAAGAAUCGCAAUGCCCGGCAUGUCUGCAGCCAAGUUGGAAAUUCCAUGCACGUCGGUGUGAUGGCUUUACUCCAGCUGCACUCGUUCGCCGAUGUGGAGGUCAAGUCCGUGCCAUGCUUGUUUCGAAACAUCAAGCAUGCAAGGCAGGGAAGUUUGAAUUGA